AUGUGGCUGCACCGAGAGGUCUGGAGAUUCAAGGAUACAGACAAGGGUACGAAUUUUCAAACAGAAAUACUUCGUAAACUGAACAUUAUUAUUCAUCAAGUAAAAAUGGUGGACAAGAGACUGGAGAUUCAUGAAGAGCAAUGUCGUUUCAGUCUUGACAGACGUGAAGAUGAUAUUCUUCAAGAUGAAGAAAUAGGAUUACCUUUGCAUAAUGAAUUGGCAUUGGAUAUUUUAGAAACAAAAUUGAAGAACAAAGAAUUUUUUGAAAGCAUAGUAUAUACAUUAAAAGGCUUGGGAGGUUUCGAUGUGCAUUCUUGCACGAUUAAUUUAUUGAAAAAGUUGAUAACUAAUCCCUUGGCUGAAAUGUACAGCAUGGCUGGAGCAAAAAAGAAAAAGGCUUUUCAAGAUUUGAUUUUGUAUAAAAUCAUACUUAAAACUGUCCGCGUUCAUUAUAAAGAUACGACUGAGACGGAGAUUGCCCAAAUCAUCGCAAAAUGGCUAGUACAAGCCAAAGCUCGUCGCGAGAGAAAAAAAUGUCGAUAUAUUGAAGAAAACAUAGAUAAAGCGACCUCGUCAUCAUCACAUAACUCAUAA